GAGAGAGUAAAAGACAACGUAAUGACAUCUAUAUUGUACUAGUCGUCGCUCUUCAUCAUCGUUCUGCAUAUCGGAGCAAAUAUGUCGUUAACGUAACAAAAUCAUCGUCCGGAAUUACCGUCGCGGGGACACUACGAGGGCAUUUGAAGGCUUUUAUGAAACAGAGGCGUGUCACUUGUCGUGACUUCUGCGAGAGUAGAGGAUCGUCAACAGAUUCCUGCGGGCCACAUAAUUCUGUUGGAAGAACAGUCGUGCAGUGUUUGUCGUGACACUACCUGAUUAACAUACGCUCGGACGUACCAAAUAUAUCCGGAUAUAUAUAAUGUACGAAAGGAAGAAUCUGUAUUCGCUGUAGAAUGAGUUCGUAUUAUUGAGAUCAGCAGUUGCUCCAAUAUUAAAAGUAGAAUCUGUAUUAUCUCAAUUUACAUCAACUAAUUGUAAGUGUUGAGUAAAACGAGAUCAAAAGUGAUGUGCAUUAAUAAGUGAUCAUCUCCGAAAUAUCAAGGAUGGUUAAACAAAUAGCAAAAAUGGAUAAAAAGAAGGAGUUGAUUACAUGCCGAGAUAUCUUAUGGCUCUUAGUCCUUUUCGGCUUCGCCAUCAAUUACAUGCUGCGAUUAAACUUGAAUCUCACCAUCGUCGCGAUGGUGAUACCAUAUCCGAAACCAGCGGCGAUCGCGCAGUGCAACGUGGAGAUGUCAACUGUUGACGUUUGGAUCAACGAAACGUCUUGGGACGAGAAUGUCUCCAUUCCGAUUACAACGCCGUCCUUCACAAACGUUACGUAUGCAGACCGAUUCGCCUGGAACGAGUACGAGCAAGGAUUGACAUUGGGUGCCUACUACUGGUUGCACUGGAUGUCGCAGCUUCCCGGUGGUCUCCUGGCCAGGCGUUACGGCACGAAACUCGUGUUUGGCUUGGCAAAUCUUUUAACCGCUCUCUUAGGAUUUCUCAUACCAUACGUGACGCAUCUGUACAUGUUGAUAGCUCUUCGUGUGAUACAGGGGCUGAUCGCGGGUGUUGUAUGGCCGUCGAUGCACGACAUGACGGCGAAAUGGAUCCCACAGAAUGAGAGAAGCAAAUUCGUCAGCGCAUAUCUCGGUAGUUCCGUGGGAGCCGCGGUUACUUAUCCUCUGUGUGCAGCCGUUAGUAAUUCCUUCGGUUGGGGCGCAUCCUUCCACGUGACGUCUCUGCUAGGCAUAAUUUGGUUCUGCUUCUGGCACUUGCUCGUGUACGAUUCGCCGCAACAGCACCCGCGGAUUUCCGAGAAGGAAAAAAAUUACAUUCUCGACAAUAUCACUGGAUCCGUCGAGGAUGAGGAAAAGGCUCGGAUUCCCUGGAGGUCCAUCAUUUUAUCGAGGCCGGUAUGGGUUACCAUUAUCGCACAUUGGGGCAUGGCUUGGGGUUUCUUCACCCUUAUGACGCAGGCGCCGACUUACUUCAACUUUAUUCACGGAUGGAAUAUUAACGCCAUUAAAUUACUUUUCCAGACCGGCUUGUUGGCGGGAGCGCCGCACCUCCUCAGAAUGGUCUUCUCGUACUUGUUCUCAAUGAUGAGCGACUGGUUGCUACGCACGAGGCGAAUGAGCUUGAUGAACGUCAGGAAGCUGGCCACCUUCGUUUGCACCGGCAUACAAGGGAUCCUCAUCGUCGCUCUUGGAUUCAGCGGGUGUCACCCGUUACUCGCGGUCAUCUUCAUGAUGGCCGGUACGGCGGUCAACGGCGCCGUUUCCGCCUCCACUUUGGCAAUCUUCGUCGACCUGAGUCCUAAUUAUGCCAGCGUCCUUCUUGGAUUCGCCGGCAUGAUCAUCAUAUGGGCCGGAUUCAUCUCGCCGGCCAUCGUUGGCGCAUUGACGAAUAAUAACCAAACUGUGGGACAGUGGCGUUUGGUCUUCCUCAUCGCCGCCGCCAAUUCGAUAGCGAGCUGCGUCAUAUACAUGAUAUUUGGCACUUCAAAGGAGCAACCGUGGAAUCAGUAUACCAAAUUAAAUACGAAGGUACGAGAGAUGCAGGAGCUAGUACCUGCAGCGGCCGUGAAACGUAACAAUGACGCCGAGGACGACACUGAAAAGUCCAAUUUUAUUAAAGAAAGAUAACAAAUUAAUUCUCAAUUCUUUCGUCACUGUAUGCUUAUAGCAGUUUCUUGCUAGUUUCUUGCUCGAUUCUUUAGGACGAAAUGCUAUUGUGGCGACCGCCCGCCAAGCUAUUAAAAUGAAAUACCAUUAGAGUGCUCUCUUUUAUUUCAAUAUUUUGUCGCUGUCAUACGCGCAAUCGCCAAGAAUACCGCUUUAGUAAACUCACUUGAAAGACAUUAUUUAAACAAAGAGGAUGUUAACGAUUGAUCGUAUAUUUGGUAAUACAUUCGCAUAACUUAUUCCUGGAACAUCUCAUCACAAGGAACCAAAGGAAGGAGUGACAGUACAGCGUAAAUAAAUGCUAAACUAUUUGCGAUACACUGUAAGACGUAUUACGAUCCAGUUGUAUCUGCGAUCGAACCAUACACACGCUCCACAAAUUAAACUCACACACAUCGAAUUUCUUACAAUAAUAACGCGUUUUACUUGGUCUUUUCGCAUAUGCGCAAUAUGUAAAUUGCGCUGCCCAAGUUUCAGUAAUCGACGGGCGGCGGAUCGAUCGUGCUCUAUCAUAUGGCCGACAUCACGUCCAUCCUACCUUCUUACACGAAAGAAUUACCGGAAUUAUCACAGCUCCUUUUCUGCUGUGAAGCAGAUUAAAUACCGCGCCUUAUCCUAUUUCCCGUGGACAAGCACUGUGCAGCUACCAUUCACCUUUUCGAAUCAUCGCCUGUAAAUGAAAAUACGCAGUAACCCGAAUUGUCGAAACGUUCAUAUUUUCACAAACCACUGUAGAAAUAAACUAAGUACAACGUGCAGACGUCUGGCACAUUAAAUAGCAACGUCGUUAUACAUAUUGAGAUAUUGCAUCUUACAAUUCUGUGAAUCUAAUAAAGUAUUAAUUUCCUUCGCUCUGUAAUAAACACCUCUCUCAGAUGUCUACACAUUAA